GGAUGUGGCACAGUUGGUAGCGUCCUUGCCUAGCAAGCAGGAAGGCCUGAGCUCAUUCUGCACCCCUGCAACCCACCCACUCAGGAGGACCAGAAGUUCAAGGCUACUCUCAACUGCAUGUGUGACUAGAGGAAGCUGUUCCUCGUGGAGUUUGCCUGGCGGCCUCUGGAUUGCAGACAAAGCCACUGGAUUCCGUGGUCCCUCCGGAAGGCCAGUCAUUUCCUGAGGAGAUAUCAGGCCAGGCCAGACCUCAUUGUUCUUCGUUUCCAGCUAUGGCCACCAUUACCUGACAAGCACCAGAGCUGGUCUCUCUCCGGGCGCCUGGAGAAGCUGUCAGAGUAGUUUCUGCUUUCCCCAAGGCGGGUUUCGGUCUGUGACGGGAAGAGAAUUCUGCCCCCGAGGCAUGGCCGGAAGGCCAAACUAACUGUGAGCUUUAAUCUGCGAGUCUUCCUCUCAGGAUGCCGCUGAGGUGGGCCUCAGUCAGCAAGAUGCGCCGGGUUGUCCUGCUCACACUGCUGCUCUAUUCAAGCCUCCAGGCUCAGGAAAACUCUUUCACCAUUAACAGCAUCCACAUGGAAAGCCUGCCAGCCUGGGAGGUAUCGAACGGGCACAACCUGACCCUGAAGUGCCUUGUGGAUAUCAGCACCACCUCGAAAGUCAGGCCCCAGCACCUGGUGCUGUUCUAUAAGGACGAUGUGCUGGUGUACAACGUCUCCUCCAGGGAGCACACAGAGAGCUUCUUUAUUCCCCAGGCUCGGGCCUUCCACACAGGGAAGUACAAAUGCACCGUGAUCCUGAACAACAAGGAGAAAACCACUCAUGAGUACCAGGUGUUGGUGAAUGGUGUGCCCAAUCCCACCGUGACACUGGACAAAAAGGAGGUGAUGGAAGGUGGGCUUGUGACCGUCAAUUGUUCCGUGAAAGAAGAAAAGCCACCGAUUUAUUUUGAGAUUGAAAAAGUAGAACUGGAUACAAAAAUUGUCAGGCAAAAGAGACAGAAGACGUCGCUCCUGAAUUUCGUGCUGAUGGACUUCCACAUUGAGGAGCAGGACCACGUGCUGGUGUUCCGCUGUCAGGCUGGGAUCUUGUCCGGGACCCGACUGCAGACCUCAGAAUCCACCAGGAGUGAAUACGUUACUGUGCGGGAGUCCUUCUCUAAUCCCAGGUUUCAAGUGACGCCUCCUGGACCUAUCAUAGAAGGAGACCAGCUCGACAUUAAGUGCACAGUUCAAGUGACACACUUGGUCCAGAAAAAUCCAGAUAUCAUAAUCCAAAAGGGCAAGACUAUUGUGGCCGUCUCCACAAAGAAUGAGGCCAUCUACUCAGUCAUGGCCAUGGUGGAGAACAGCGGCCAUUAUACCUGCAAAGUGGAGUCUAGCCGCAUCUCCAAGGUCAGCAGCAUCGUGGUCAACAUAACAGAGCUGUUCCCCAAGCCCACGCUGGAAUUCUCCUCCAAUCGUCUGGACCAAGGGAACAUUUUGGAUCUGUUCUGCUCUGUCCCGGGCACACCUUCAGCCAACUUCACCAUCCAGAAGGAGGGGAUGGUCUUGUCUCUGAAUCAGAAUUUCAGCAAGGUUGCCGAGGAGAGGGACAGCGGGGUGUACAGCUGUACCGCAGGCGUGGACAAAGUGGUCAAGAGGAGCGGCUCGGUACAGAUCCAAGUGUGCGAAAUGCUCUCUAAGCCUAGGAUUUUUCAUGAUGCCAAGGCUGAGAUCAUAAAAGGACGUCCCAUCACCAUCAGCUGCCAGUCAACAAACGGAACUGCACCUGUCACUUACUACCUUAUGAAAGACACAAACAUCUUCCGGAAUCUCAUGAUGAACUCCAAUGACCCAGCAGCAUUCACAGAUACGCCUAUCAAAGAUGUGGAAUACCAGUGCGGAGCGGAUAAUUGCCAUUCCCACCCUGAGUUGCACAGCGAGAUCCUGAGGGUCAAGGUGAUAGCCCCGGUGCAUGAAGUUACGAUUUCUAUCCUGUCAAGUAAUGAGGUGCAGUCUGGGGAUGACAUGGUACUUCGAUGCUCUGUGAAAGAGGGCACUGGCCCAAUCACGUUCAAGUUUUUCAAAGAAAAUGAGGACAGACCCUUCCACGAAAUCAUCCUGAAUGCCACUCAAGCGUUUUGGAUCGGGAAACAAGCUAGCAAGGAGCAGGAGGGACAGUAUUAUUGCACAGCCUCCAACAGAGCCAGCCUGACAUUGGCCAGCCCCCGAAGCAGUUCUCUUACAGUCAGAGUCUUUCUUGCUCCGUGGAUAAAAGGGCUCAUUGCCGUGAUUGUCAUUGGAGUGGUCAUCAUCGCCUUGAUAGUUGCAGCCAAAUGCUACUUCCUGAGGAAAGCCAGAGCCAAACAGAAACCCGUGGAGAUGUCCAGGCCAGCAGCUCCACUUCUGAACUCCAACAGUGAGAAGGUUUCUGAGGCCAAUGUGGAAGCCAACAGUCAUUACGGCUAUGACGAUGUUGGAAACGAUGCAACGAAACCGAUAAAUCAAAAUAAAGACCCUCAGAACAUGGAUGUGGAAUACACAGAAGUGGAAGUCUCCCCCCCUGAGCCUCACCAAGCUCUGGGAACGAGAGCCACUGAGACGGUGUACAGUGAGAUCCGGAAGGUCGACCCUAAGAACGAAAGACUCCCUUGAUGGAACUUAAGACAGGUGCACUCGCCUGAGAGGACGUCCGUGUCCCGAGAAGAGCAGCCGAUUCCUGUAUCCCAAGAGUCCUGUGCACUUAUUUAUGAACCGGCCCUGGCCCCACUGAAAAUAGCAAUUCCUCAGGCCAGGCCAUCCAUCCUCAAAUCCUCCCGCCUUACUAAUGUUGGGUGUAAAGAGAAUCAGAGGCACGGGUUAACGGCCAGCCUGACCGACCUCCCAAGCUAGAACACCCUUGCAAUUUGGAAGAGUGAGAGGAGGUUCGGGGUGAAGAAACCCCUGGGGUAUUUUGAUGCUCAAAUACUGUGUCUCAGAGAGACAAGGCGAUUUUUCAUGCCUCCUGCACAGAAGCCGGUUUUUGUUCCAAAUGGUCUGGACUCGGGAGUUAGAUUUUUUGUUUUGUUUUCUUUCUGUCUUUCUUUUUCCUUCUGGGCUGACCUUGUUCCUUGGAGGCACCAAGUGCUGCUCGGAGAGUGCUCAACCUUGUCCCCUGGAUGGUGGCUUCACUCAUUGGGGGGUUGGGGGCCGCUGGUCGGGGCAACGCCUGUCGAGUGAGGACCUGGAGUCAAGCCUCAAGCAGGCAAUGCCAAAGCUAGACUGGAGCGAGCACCGGUGACCUUCAACUGCUUUCCAGAUCUUUCUGUUCCUCUCCCAUGCUGAAGGCCUAAAGAGGAGAAACAGUUGGCUACAGCAAAUGGUAUUUUUUUUUCCUUAAUAGUAAAAAGAAAUGUGUACUUUUCUCACUAAUUUUUCUUUAUUUAUUCCCUGCUAAAGAAACGAUCUCCUGAGGUCCCAGGCUGUUUCCAAGGGUGGCUUGAGUGAGAGAUGGGAGCUGCCUCCAUUUCGCUGUGGAACACUCAUACAUAACAUUAUCUUCCCUGUUUGCCUCAGCCACCCAGCUGCAGGACCCCUGAGGGGUGUUGUAUUAAAUAAAAUUGAUUUUUACUCUUCA